GUUCAGAGUCAAGUAUCGAUCCGAGGACACCGUUUGUAUCGAUAUUCAGAUCGAUCCGCCCCUAACCCACAGGACGAGGAAGAGGAGGCACUCGGGUGACGGCAGCUCCAGAGACGGUCUGACGGUCCGGUCCGGUCCCGGUGAGUCCAUCCAACGUAGAACCGGUUCGUGGGUUUCACCUGGACCCGCGCGCCUCGUGCAGGUGAACAUGGAGGGUCCACAGGGAACCAGCGAGGUCCUCCAGCUGCUGCAGGACUACUGCACCAAGAGGUCCAGGCAGAACUGGAGCAGAACCACAGAACAGACAGUGUUGAAGUUCUUGGGAGCCUCCGGUCUGGAAUCUGACUCAUCAAGUCCUCCACCUCCUCCAGUAGUUUUACAAAUUAAAAAUAUACCUGUGGCAGUGUCGGAGGUGUUGAGGAAAAAACAGACCCCCAGUCUGGAUGAGGAUUUCUCAGGACUUCCUGUGUUUGAAGGAGUUCAGAGUCCCGCCCCCCCUCAGCGUGGCGUGGCGGAGCGGCUGGUGGAGAUCACCGAGUCGGCGCAGAUCAGGAAGGAGGACGUUCAGACGCAGGAAGAGCUCAUCCAGAAGCUGGUUCAGCUCAUCGUAGCGUUUGGAGACGACAUCAAUUCAAAGCUCAAACAGAACCCGGUCCUGGAGCAGCAGCUCCAGAACCUGAGCUACGGCACGUUCGAGAAGCUGAUGUCCACGGUGCAGAGCCUGGUGGUGCCGGUGAGCCGGGCCGCAGGUCCGGACGGUCGGGUCGAGCAGCAGAAGAUCGCCUGGGCCUUCGAGGUGACCAGCAGACUGUCGGCUGUGGGGGUGGUCCAACACAGGAGGGUUCUGAACUUCGGGGCCCAAUACAUCGAACAGAACCACGCCGGCUGGGUCCAGCAGCACGGAGGCUGGGAGGAAGCAUUUGACUGAGCUGCAGAACCAUCAGAACCAUCAGAACCAUUGGACCCGACCUACGAUACUGUGAACUUUUUAAAACAUAUUUAUUGUUUGUAUCGUCGUUAACUUACAGGAAUAAAAAUAAAACCAAGAACUGGA